CGAGCGGGAUCAUUUUAUCAUUUUUCACUUCAUUGUGAGGCGACAAAGAAUAAUGGUGGUGUAUUUCCGAACUUAUUAAAUACUAUUAUCUCCUAUUUUUAUGCAUCACACGCGCGAAAGACAAGCGAAAUUUCCCCUCUAUGCAUACAACCAUUUAUUUGGCUAACUCCACUGUUUCCGGAGUUGGGCACGAUUCAAAUUUUGAACGGACUGUUUCAAAAGGAUGCAGCAAAAGCAGCUUAAGGCCUUUUGAAGCUAGUGAGGUAGGUGAAUAUUCUUCAGAGUAUACCAUGUGCAAGAAAUAGUUCUAGAUCAUAGGUGGGUAGCAAUCAAGAAAAAAAAUUGCGUGUUUGAGGCUGAUUUGAAGCACAGAGUUUGGAUAUUAAUUGUAUGAGAAAACUGUUUUCUGAGCAAGUUGAGCAAUGUUUGUUAUUGGGACAAAUAUAGUUCCAGCUGCAGUGGACACAGUAAAAUGCACAAAGCAGAUUUUAUGUGGGUUUCACUCAAGUUUUUUUGACAAAGGUGGAACUAGUAUUAAUCUUAGCAGAGAACAUCCUGAAUUAAGGAAUGCUUUAAAUUUCUCUCUUAUGAGGUCAGUUUACUCUCAGAGGGUUGACUUGAGGGUCAUUGCUGCGGGGGUAUCAAAAGGCAAUUACCAUGGACCACCUGCUGUUAACGAACACAGUGAAAGUGCUAAUGAGGACAUCUUGCUAUUCUUUUUUCAGCUAGAUUUAAGUACCCGGAUUCAGGUCGCUUUAAACUUGGAUCAAUAUGAGAUAGCUCAGCAAUUACAGAAUAAGCUUGCAGAGCUUGAGCAAGAACUAUCUAGACAGAGGGAGUCAAAGGUGGGAUCUUCAUCAUCCAAGGAUGAGGUUCAAGACAAAGCCAUAACAAUUUUACGUCUGCGGGCGGAUCUACAGGAGGCUGUUGAAAAUGAAGAUUAUGUUUAUGCUGCCAAGUUACGUGAUCAAAUUUCCAAUCUGGAGGCAGAUUCUUUAGCAGCAGCAGCAAGGGCAAUGGCUUACCAGAAUGUGGAGUACAAGUUUCGGAUUGGGCAGAAAGUAAGGCAUGCAAUUUUUGGCUAUCGUGCUGUGAUCUGUGGAAUGGAUCCUUUGUGCCGUGAGUCAAGUUCUUGGAUUGAGCAUGCAUGUAUUGACCAGCUUUCUAGAGGACGCAAUCAACCUUUCUAUCAGGUUCUGGUGGACAUACAUGCAGAUCCAACUUUACUGGUUGCUUAUGUUGCUGAAGAGAAGCUGUCAGAACUUGACAAACCAGAUUUGGACCGCUUUGAUCAUCCUUACGUUUCUUUCUUAUUUUAUGGAAUGGAUUCUGCUGGGGAUUUUAUCCCAUUAAAACAAUUACGUGAGAAGUAUAACCGACCAAGACAUGAAGUGCAUAUAGAAGAUAACAGUGAUGAUGCUAUGGACGGUGGCAAAGGUCCUUAGUUAUCAGAUUGUUUUCAGUGCUAAAGAAAUAAGUGCAUAAUUCGAGAUGACUCUUUAUGUUGUGUACAUGUUGUUCUACUCGUGCAAUAUUUUUCUACAGAAAUCAAAUCAUAAUGUGAUAGGUAUGUUAGUACCAAAUUGGUAUCAUCAAGGUCAACAGGUAUCAUGUCAAUAAUUUCAUAUAAUGAAUGGUAAUGAAAUUAUUAAAGUUCAUAAUCGUGAUUAUGCCAAGCAACCAUAAUGAUGCAGAAGUCUUUGUCGGUCAUAUAUUCAUUUGUGUUUUGUCAUAUAUAUGAUACACACUACAGUGAAGAAUUCAACUAUGCAACAGUGAUGCGUUUGAGUUUACCACAUUAGCUAACAUUUCUUUUCAUGCCAACAUACUUUUCACAUUUACCAAGUAGAAAAAUCAACUUACUAAUAAACCUUUAAACGGACAGAGGCUAAGAUACACUUUACACAAUUAUGUUGUCUGGCUCCUCUAAUAAGAAUCAAUAAAAAGGCAAAAGAUAUUCAAUUGUUAUCA